CGCCCACCAGAAUGGACACAACACGGUGCUGCUGAGACUUCCUCAAUCCUUUGUCCUGAGUGGACCAGCUGAAGUGGGACAGGUAGUUUUGAGCCCAGGUCCAAAUGGAUGACUUUGAAUACAGUGUGGAGAUAUGUGACCGUGACUGGGAAAGCUUCUAUACAGAGAGUGAAGAGUGUGCUAUGCUUCCUCCUUCACUAGCAGGCAUGGAUGAUUCUGGUAUGAGUGACAUUGAUGAAAUUGGGUCCAUUCUGGCUCAGAGGGCCCAAAGAGUCGACCCAAAACCAGGCUCCUCUGAGAAUGACCGCUCCAUUGACGGAGUGCCAGACCGUGAAGAAUCGCCCGUGGAGCACUGUCUCAGUGGACGCGGCCUCGGCGUAAUUGAGAGCGUUCUGUCAGGCAGCGAGGAGGACAUACAUCUGCAGUCUGUCAAUAUGUUUUUUGAAAGACUGAAAAGUCUCACAGAGGUUGAGCCAAACCAAAAGAAAGUUGGAAACAACAGAGAGGUAACACAGAAGGAGGAGCAGUGUUGUGAUGGGCAACAAGCCACUAGAACCACUUUGCCAAAAAACUUCCCCAAGUUAAACACUCCGCCUGCCAGGGGUGAAACAGCAGUUGGCAAAGAGACUGUGAAGCCUGUCGACACCACCAGGACCAUAAACAUACUGAGAAAAGUUCAAUCUCAAUCCAACUUUUCCCCUGAACCUGCAGCCUGCAGAAACCUGGCUCCCAGGAUGUGCAAAUCAUCUGAAAUAGAGUUGUUCAUUAGAGAGGAAGCCUGCAUGGAAACCAGUGUCAAUGACGUGAAACGGUGGAAUCAGUCUCGUGACUCAACAGAAACCACUGUCUGCUCAGAAACAACACCUCAGACCUGCAGUGUGGAACCGUGUACAAAUCUGAAUGACAUGGAGGAGGAAAGUUUCUUGACAAGUCAGGUAAUUCUACGUAAAAAGUCCAGUCCAAGAGAGGAACAUAUCACCGUCCAAGAGUCAUCUCCUUCUGCCUCUAUCAAAAGGAAGAGGAGAAAGAAGAAACGGCUCAGCAUGGAAGUCGGUGAAGGUGGGAGGCCAUGUGAGAGGCAAGUUUUACCAGUGAGGAGUGAUUCAGAAGAGGAGUGUUUUAGGUUAAGAGAUGGAGCAGGUCUGCGUUUAUUACCAGAGUCGUUUUAUUUAAAUGAACCACAAAAAAGGUUAAUGCCUCCUUUUGCUGCAUAUUCACCCAUCACCAGUUUUCCGAACAAUAUAUCCAAUAUAGAUGUAAAAAAUGUGCUCUCCCACUCUGUUCCUCCAAGUGACAGUCCGAACCAACAUUUGGCAGGGAGUGUAUCUAUACGGACCAGGUACACAGCAGCAGAUUAUACUGAAAAUAACGGAACAGACCACAUGUUUUUCAGUCCUUUGGGCCAAAGCAAUGGCAACGUAAUAUCCAGAGUAAGCUACAGUACUAACGAUACAACAGAUUUAAAGGUUUGCAGGAAGCUACCUGUAGAUGGGUCACCUGGACUGAAUGAAGGUCUGACUGGCAACUCAGGACAUGAGAAACAGAAUGCAAAAGCAGGGGAACUCCAGCAUUCUGAUAAAAUAAAUACUUCCCUUAUGAGCUGUGAAAAUGGACAAAAUCGAAAAACUUGUGAAGCAGAGGUCAAAUCAGUCAGUCAUUUACAGAGUGCAGAGUCAUGUGCUCCUGCUGUGGACACCAGCCAAAAUGACAAACUAUCUGCUGCGAAGGCACUCCAGGAUUCAGAGGGUGGAAAUUCUGGCAGAGAUGAGCACCCGCUGUGUCAAAGUGAGGCUGAGCCCCAAGACCAGCUGGAAAGUGACUUUCAUAACACAAAUCAAUGUGGCACUACAGUGGAGAAGAAUCACGUUUCCCUGUCUGCUCUUGCUGGAAUUGCUUCACACGCUCUCAAUGCAAAAUCUCCCAGAGUCCCAGAGGAGAGUCCCGGUGAAAUGGUCAGCCCUGACAUAAUAUCCAAUGGCACCAAUCACUCGCCAUAUAAAAGCGUUUUGUCUGAAAAUCCCUCCAGUUUAGAUACAGAACUGCAAACAGAUCAUCCCAUGGAGGUCCAGGCUUUCGAUAUUUUAUCAGAACAAAACACAAAAGCUGAGACAAGUCAGUUGGAAUCAUCACAGACAUCAGUUUUAUCAAGUAAAAGUCCGACAGAAACCAAACUGUCCCUGUCUGAAGACUUACGAACAAGUCCUUCAAACAUCACAAACGUGUCGUCCUGUUGCACUCUGGACACGGAUUCUCUCGUGUCUCUCUCAAAUGAGAACCUCACAGACCUGUCAGGAAGUUAUUGUUCAUGUGCCAGCGAAUAUGAGUCUGGAGGUCAAACAGAAAACAAGCUACUCAUGUUGAAAAAACAAGAGGAAGGAGAUACAACAUCUGGAUCCCAAAGUCAUUUGGAAUCGACUUGUGAUUUGCAGGACAGAGGAGAGGUUGCCAUCAAUACAUCCAAAGCUGUAGAUGAACCAGAAAAGAUGGUGAAUUCAGUGUUUGCCAUGUCUUCAUUUUGGAGUGAGAUGGAGAAACUGACAAUAAAUGACAUUCUGGGUCUACGAAGGAUCAACAAAGAUGCUCCAUUCAGCCGUCUCCCACCUCUGCAGGAAAAUGAGGAAACAGAAAUGUUUGCAGCAGCUGAUUUAGACGUUUUAACGCAGUCCACGUCCACGUCCGUGCGUACUAAGGAAAAAUUGUUACCGAUCGAAAAUUACUGCUCCAGAAGUGUUAUGUGGGAAAGUGAACCUGUCCCAGUGAGCCGAAGUGUCAAUAUUUACCCACAAAAUACAAUAUUGGCACCUGUGACCGACACGCUCCAACCUGUCCUAACUGAAAAGGCUCAAACAUGCCGCAGGAAGAUAUCUAAAACCACCAGUGUGCACAAUUUACCGGCGUUAGAGUCUGAGUCUCACGGCUACAUGUGCAAAGGUAAAGCGUUGCAAACCUUAGAAGAAACAAAAUCUGAAACAUUUGAGAACUGUAUUGACGGCUCCACGCUAAAGCAAGAUAACCACAGGACGUCUUCACUCUCCUCUUCCACAGACAGCUAUAGCAUCUCUCUCACAGAUAUAUUUCAGUAUUUCUUCAGAGGCAAUCAAUCAGUCCCCAGCCAAUCAGAUAAAGAGGACCUAACAGCUGUCUUCACUGGUGGAAAUUCUGUCCCUGAAACAUACGAUCAUUUUUUCUCUGAAUUUGAUACAGAAAGCUUCUUCUACCCUCUCACAACAACUGAAGAGAAGGACAAAGACGGACCAGUUCCCAUCUUUUCCUACUCAGUCCCCACCCAAUCAGAUAAAGAGGACGUAACAACUGUCUGCACUGGUGGAAAUUCUGUCCCUGAAACAUACGAUCAUUUUUUCUCUGAAUUUGAUACAGAAAGCUUCUUCUACCCUUUCACAAAAACUGAAGAGAAGGACAAAGACAGGCCAGUUCCCAUCUUUUCCUACUCUCGCUCAGCGAAGAGAAAUUUACAGUUCCCGGAGGCCUACGAGUAUUUCUAUGCGUCCUCGUCGUCUGACGAUUCUUCUGCGGAAUCUGACGAAGAAGAGAACUGCCAACCUGUGAGGGUGUUGAGCAGGUUCAACCGUAAACCGAGCUCAACUCAUAUUGCCACAGACGUGUAUGAUAACUUCUUCACGGACGGUGACCUCAAAAUGAACUUCUUCUCCCUGAGGUCUCUUUCCUUCAGGAACCUUCGUUUCAAAGCAUCUACACAGCAGAAGCAGGGGUCACACUCUGUGUCUCUUGUACCUGUGAGCCAGAGGAGCAGAUCAGCUCUGAGGGCUGGUCUUCCCUGUAAUGUGCUGGGAAAUCAAGAUGUUAUGUUUCCCGAUCCACUGAUUUACCACUUGGAUGACCGGAUCUCCAGGGUGCUUGCAGAGCAGCCUUUCAAAUACGAAGGCUUCCAGGAAAUUAUUUCAAAUCCAAGGUUGGAUGCCUCCCUCCUCCCCAUCAGACAAUCAGAUAUGUGUCUGGUGUGUAUUGCGUUUGCUUCGUGGGUCCUGAAGACUGCAAACCCACAAGUUGGUGAUGCCUGGAAGGCUGUUCUGCUGGCGAACGUAAGCGCUCUGUCGGCCAUCCGAUACCUACGUAAAUAUGUCAGAGUGGAGGCUGCAGCCAGUGAGAUGAAGUCGAAACAUUUAGCACUGACAGAUUCUUGAUUUUUCUCCAUCUAUUUUCCCAUGAAGACCAUGAGUCUAAAUGGGACGUCAGUCUUUUGAGGAAAUGUCAAUAGUGAUAGUGAUAUAUGUUUUCACUAUGAUUUUUAUGUUUUAAGGAUCUCUCCAUCGAAUGGAAGUGUCUAAAUUCAAAAUAUUUAAGUCAACUUCUCGCUUACUUACUUUCUGUGAACUUUUGUCCCCUGAAAGCAUUCAAAUGAAGUAUAAAUCGACCAAAGACAGGAUGGGGCACGUUAAUCUGAAAGAAGGCUUUAGACAUUUGUAAAUAAUGUUUUUGAGUAUGUUCUGAAGGCAGAUUAGAGGCAGGUUUACUCAGCGCUGUACAGACAUGAGAUGAUAGAUGAAUGUGUGAUAAGUAGAUUAACGUGAGACGGUAGAAGAAAUCAGGAUGAUGCUUGAGCCUCUUUGCUUCUUUUACCUCUAUGAGGUAAAACCUCAAAUCCAAAAUUUGUAAACUAUUCUCACAACAAUUAAGGUACACUCCCUCAGAGAAGUGUAAUUCAUAUAAGUUAUGUGAAGGGCAUUUGAUUUUAAUAAUAGAUUAUUUAUAAAGUGUUGUACUGUUGUCUUGUACUGUAGGUAACACUGAGCUGCUGGUUUUCCCAGUUUAACAAUAAAAAGUAUCUUUCAGUUGUGUCCUGUGUUUCUCAUUCUAAAGGCACUCAGACAUAUAAGUGAAACUUUUCAAACACUAGAGGGCGACAUAAGAUUAAGUUGGUUAGAGCCUGCAUUCAAGCAUCAAGGGAUUCAUAGGCUCAGUAUAGGGAGGGCAAGUUUAUUGGUAUGGUAUAUUUCAUACACAUAGGCAACUCAAAGUGCUAUAAAAAGAUAUAGGCUUGAGACCUCACACACCUGCCUGCUUCACAUGGCCAAACAUAAUCACAGAGUCUGAACCACCUCCCACAAAUUACCAGUUAAAAUGUCUGAUAUAUAUAAAAAGAAAAGUAUUCUCAAUUCAGAAUCACAGCUACCCAUCAACGUAAUUGGUAACAGUGCAGUACUAGAAAUUCAAAGAAUGUCUUGAAAAGGGCAUGAAAGAUCAGUCUUUUCCUCCAGUGGCAGCUGUGAAAUGUGAAUUAUGAAUAAAAACAAAAGUAUGCCACAGUUCGUGUCAGGCUGUUUCCACAUCACUCAGUUAGAUUACGAACCAGCUCUAA